AGCACACUCGGCAGCACACGUUCUUUCUCGCACACACACACACACCUCAGCGCAACUAUAUGAACAUGCCAUUAGUUGUGCAUUAGAAGUAAGUGUGUGUAAUAAAGUCCUACCUUGCGAUGAGGCGCGCGCAGAGGAAUAGAUCCCAGCUGCCCCCCUGCUACAAUGAGGGAUUCCUGGAAAAGAGAUCAUUUAGGGAUAAAGUUGGUCGCAGACUUUGGACUGCACUGUGUGGGAACUCGCUAUUCUUCUACAACAACAACAAGGACAAUGAUUAUGUGGAAAAGCAGGAUCUGUCAAAUUUCAUCUCUCUGACUGAUGACUUGAGCAUGGACCGUAAACUCGAUGCAGCGAGACUCCACCUGCGAUUAAAAGAAGAUGACAUCUACCUCACGGCUCCAAGUCUAGAAGCCCGUGAGCUGUGGAAAGGCUUCAUAUUCUCCAUUGUUAAGCUGGAAGUGCCCACCUCCCUGAACCUGCUGCCUGGUCAGAUUUACAUGCUGAAAAAAGCUUUGGAGCAAGAGACUGAGAGACGCAAAGAGCUCGCUGAAAAGUCUGCAGUUGCACAAGCUCCUGUAUCAGUACCUAUGACAGAACCUGGCGAUUACCUGUCCUUGCAUUCCGAAAUGCCGGCGUGCUUUUACAGGGUAUUUCGGGAUGAGGCUAUGCUCCUUUUGGAAAAGCACAAAGAACAAGGAAACCUGCUGCUCAGACUCAGCCGAGAUGGAAGCGCUUUUGCUGUUACAACUCGGCAGGACUUCAAUGGGCCGGUUUUCCGACAUUACCGUGUGACACGGAUCCCUGAUGGAAGCUAUGCCAUUGCUAUAGACAAUCCAAUUAUUUGCCCCACACUCCAUCAUGUGACAGAAUAUCUUAUAGAGAAGACCGGAGGAGUUUUCAAGCCCUUGGUCCUAGAGCACACCUAUGAAAAAAACAUUGUGUUUGUAGAGGACAAUCAAGAGAACGGAGAGAGGACUUUGCGCACUACAUCCGACAGCCCCGUAGCUCCAAAAGUAUCCCCUAUACCAGCUCCAAGGCAGAAAAAAUGUAGUAAAGAAGAGAACAUCUAUGUAGACCCUUCUGAUGAGGAAAACAAUGUUAAUCAAGACAAACCCUAUCCAUCCCCUGCCUUGUCUCCUGCCCCAGGAGGGAAAGUUUUAGUGCAUCAGAAGACCGUUCCUGACAUGCGAAUAGGUCCAGGGGGGGCUUUACUUCCACCAAAUGAACGCCCACGCAGCGCCACAAUGACUGAUGGAACAAGGCCGAAACGGCCAGCACCAACAAUGCCUGUUCAAGAAAUUCUUAAUGACGAGCUAAGGCGAGCCCUGCAAUUGAGAUAUGUUUCAGACUGACCCCUGGCUAAUCAACAUGUCUGAAAUGAAGAAGCCAUUUAGUGAUAAUCUCUGCAGAUUUGAGCCAUUUUUAUCUCCAGUUCCAAAUAUUCCUCAAUUCAAAGCCACGAAUGUAUGUAUGGAAGAGAAUAAUGAGUCGUGUGUGUGUGUGUGUGUGUGUGUGUGUGUGUGUGUGUUGUCCAGCUGGCUAGAUGCUCCUGAAGCAUCGUGAAGAUUAACAGCUUAUUGAUCCUGCGCUUUAGUUUUUUUUACCAUUACUCUGUGUAAAUCAGGAGGUAACAGGAAGAAAAAGCAUGUACUUGUCACAUUAUCGUCUUAACUGUUCUGACAGUAAAUCAGUGUAUAGCAUUUUUGCUAAUCAAAAUCGAAUUCUAGUGUACAGCGUGAUUGUUCUAUAUACCUUUAUGAUGUAUUGUUUAUAACCUGUUUCUCUUUAUUAUCAGUAUUCUAAAAGAUUUUGAGUGAAGAAUGCAUUUUUCAUACUUCCUUGUGAUCCUCGAUCACUAUUUGUAAAAUUAUGUUCUUUAAGCACAAUAUUCUUUAUAUUAAAAUAUACAAAAUUCUUUAAAUUGAAAAUAAUUUUUUUCUUUGUUCUCAUACCGAAUUCUCUGAAAAGCACAAUUUAUGUAAAUAAAAUAAGCAAAUGUCA